AGGCUGCAAGUCUGCAGGGAGAGGAUGUCAGAGCAGAGAUGCAGAAGAAGAAGGUCAGCUGUCAACCAGAACCAGAACCAGAACCACCUGCAGCUGAAUGAUCAUGUGAUGCAUCAAGCUUCAGCAUUUCGGAAUGCUCCCUGGACGGCUUGUUGUUAUUGUUUCAGAAAAUCAGGACGAUGCAGAGAGACGACACGACCUGUGGAGCUUCCACGCCGUAGGAACGUAUGAAACAUUGAGAGAAUGGAGAGCUGCUCACCUCAACACUAGCUGUUCUGUGAUUGGCUGAUAGCUGACAUCAAGAUGGCCCACCUCUUCCUCGCCAGUAAGAUCGCCAUGCCGGAUGACCUCCACAGCAAAGGCGGCCCCAGGAUCCCCAGGAGCGCCCUGAGGAUGCCCACAUCCAUCUCUGCCGAGAAGCUAAGCCGGGAAAAGGCCCGGAAGGACCGCAGCGUCGUCGUGACGACACACAUCCCGCAUGUCAAUGAGGUGCAGCUGACGGCAGCCACCGGCGGCGCCGAGAUGUCCUGCUACCGCUGCACCGUGCCGUUCGGCGUAGUUGUCCUCAUCGCGGGCAUCGUGGUCACGGUGGUGGCGUACACCUUCAACUCCCACGGGUCCACCAUCUCUGUGCUCGGGCUGGUGCUGCUGUCGAUUGGACUGGGCCUGCUGGGAUCUAGCGCCGUCUGCUGGAGGGUCCGACUGGGGAAGAAGAAGGACAAACGGAGGGAGAGCCAGACCGCCCUCAUGGCCAGCCAGGGGUACUGCGUGGCCUGAUCGUUGUCUGGGUAACGUUAGAGUAACGCUGGUGGUUGAGAUGAUUAACUGC